GCGCACAGGCUUCUUCAUUCUAAGAAGGAGCGAGGAGGAUCGCUAUAUCCACCGUUAUACUCACCCUAACCACCACUGGGCUAUCAUGCUGCGAGUGAGGUGCCUCAGAGGAGGGAGCAGGGGGGCCGAGGCUGCCCAUCUGAUCGGAGCCAUGCUGGGCCGUGCAGCAACUGGAUGGGUGCAGAGGGCUUUCCAGAGCACCUCCAGUGCUGCAGCUGCUCAAACACAGCCGGCGGUUGAAGACGACCAUGUUACUGACCCUGCACAGCAUGAGUGUCCUGUUAGCAGCUACAAUGAAUGGGACCCGCUUGAGGAGGUCAUUGUGGGCCGUGCUGAAAAUGCCCGUGUACCUCCCUUCACUGUGGAAGUAAAAGCUAACACAUAUGAGAAGUACUGGUCCUUCUACCAGAAGUACGGGGGCCAAUCUUUUCCUGCGGACCACUUAAAAAAAGCUGUUGCUGAGAUUGAAGAAAUGUGCAAUAUUCUGCGUCAUGAGGGCGUCAACGUGAGGAGGCCAGAGCCUAUUGAUUGGUCCAUGGAAUAUAAAACUCCGGACUUCCAGUCAUCAGGCAUGUAUGCUGCCAUGCCCCGAGAUAUCCUUAUGGUGGUGGGGAAUGAGAUCAUCGAGGCUCCAAUGGCGUGGAGGGCUCGCUUCUUUGAGUACAGAGCAUACCGACCUUUGAUCAAGGAGUAUUUCAAAAAAGGUGCUAAAUGGACCACUGCUCCAAAACCUACUAUGGCUGAUGACCUGUACGACCAGGACUACCCAAUCCGCACAGUGGAGGACAGACACAAGCUGGCCGCGCAGGGUAAAUUUGUGACCACGGAGCAUGAGCCCUGCUUUGACGCCGCUGAUUUUAUCCGUGCUGGGAAGGACCUCUUUGUCCAGAGAAGUCAGGUUACAAACUACAUGGGAAUUGAGUGGAUGCGCCGUCACUUGGCCCCAGAAUACAAGAUCCACAUCAUCUCAUUCAAAGACCCUAAUCCCAUGCACAUUGAUGCUACUUUCAACAUCAUUGGACCAGGGCUGGUACUCUCAAACCCUGAUCGCCCAUGUCGCCAGAUUGACAUGUUCAAGAAGGCCGGCUGGACUGUUGUGAAACCUCCAACACCUCUGAUUCCUGAUGACCACCCUCUCUGGAUGUCAUCCAAAUGGUUGUCUAUGAACGUUCUGAUGCUGGAUGAGAAGCGCGUCAUGGUCGAUGCCAAUGAAGCCACCAUUCACAAAAUGUUUGAGAACCUCGGUAUAAAGACCAUAAAGGUGAACAUUCGCCAUGCCAACUCGCUGGGUGGCGGCUUCCACUGCUGGACAACUGACGUCCGCCGCCGUGGUACACUGCAGUCCUACUUCCACUAGCCUUGCCAGAAACAGGCAGUUUUUAUUGAGCUUUAAAAGAUUAAAGCCUUUAUCCGGAAUUUUAAUUUCACUUCAGAUUUUGGUUCUAUUACCUAGUGUGUCUAACCACGUUAGAUUAACAACCGUGUAUACAUCUUUUAUUUACGACACAAUUGCGUGUGGGUGUCAAAUGAGUGUUGGCGCCAAAGUUGUCCGGAUUGGGUCUUUAUUUCCUUGAUGAACACAAAUGUAUUGUUUGGUUUGACAUUGGUGUGCAUUACAUUGCCUUUGCAGACAGCUUUGUUUUGAUAUACACUAACCCAAUACUUUAUUAGGUACACCUUAAUGUGAUUUCACACAUUGCCUCUCCCUAUACAUAGAUAAUGAUUCUCAAAGCAGUACAGUAACCAAUAUUGAGAAGGGUAUUGAUUUGACCAACUUGUGCUUUUGAGGUUAUAGUUUGUGUUGGUGCUGAUAACCUUAUUGCAAAGUUGAUGCAUUGCGUUGUGUACCUAAUAAAGUGUCCACUAGGUGUAUGUGCUUAGUAGCAACGAAUGAACAUCACAAUCACGUCCCUUCAAUCAAUAAUCUCAAUAUUAACUGCAUUUCUGGCCUGGCUAUUGUUUUUAAUCAUCAUGAGGACAAGGUACAGUUUGGUAUGUGAAUGUCAUCAAACUAGGGCACAGGAGGAAAGGAACUGUCUCCUUUUCAGAAACCACACUUCUGUCUUUUUCCAAAGUAUUUAUAUAUCUUAAGAAAUGUCUUAAAGUUGUUAUGUAGGUCAUUAAACAUGAAUAAUUCCUGUCCACUGGAACAUUACAGUAUUUUGUAAAGAUUUUAAUGGAUUGGACAAAGUUCUAUUUAUAUUUGUCAUUUUUUUCUUUAUUGGAUUUCCCGACAAUUCAUGUUUUUAUAUAUUUACAGUCCAUAUCAAAUAUUAUAUACCUUUUACCUCUGCUGUUUUCUCUUGUUGCAAAACUGGGCCAGUUACGUGCCGCAAGUCAUUCUCACUACUUGGCUGUUUUUGUUUGCACAGCAGAAACGCCUACAGAAUGAGGAGAGAAAUUAGUUAUUUUAUAAUUCCUUUGUUGCGUUUGCAGUAGGAUACAGUAAAAGCGCGUGCAUGUGUUUUUGCCUCCUGAUGUCUGCCGCCGCUGGACGGCAGUUAUGAGGAAAGCAAGUGCCGUUUUGUAAUGUGCAGCAUUAAUAAAUGUAAUUAAAAAGACUUGUUUGUCA